AUGAUAACGACCAACGACAGGCCUGCCGACCGCCGGCGGUUCACGACUCUCGAAGGGUGGCGCGAAGUUGGUCGUGGUGUAUACCUCGCCGCAGGGUCGACCGUCUCAUCCGUAGCAUUCGAACCGAACCAAGUUCCACGAUAUGACUCAGAAUGGGGGCGAUUCGAUGACAAUGAGUCUAUCAAGACAAGACUAUCCAGGCCGGAGGAGCAGAGACGGGCUUCCUCUCUGGCCCCGAGCAGCCUUAGGAGAUUCUCUUCGCGGUCUCUUGCCAACCCUUUCAUCUCCCCCGAGGAAGUGGAAGAGGAACAAUCAUUUGCUGGCAGCAAUCCACAGGAUGAGAUCGUCGAGGCUGAGCAACGGCCACGUUCAGAACAACCGUUCCAUAUCUUCAGCAAGAAACAAAAAUGGGUAGUCGUCGCUAUCAUCGGAGUUGCUGGUCUCUUUUCGGGCUUGUCAUCAAACAUCUACUUCCCAUCUUUGGAUGCUAUUGCCCAAGACCUUCGUGUCAGUCUCACAGAUGUAUCGUUAACCAUCACCUCCUACCUCGUCAUCCAGGGCAUCUCUCCGCUUUUUUGGGGUCCACUGUCUGAUACACUGGGGCGGAGACCAAUCUACAUCGCCUCAUUCUCUGUUUACAUUCUUGCCAAUAUCAUCCUCAGCUUCUCACCCAACUUCCCCGUCCUGUUAGUUGCCCGUGGUCUCCAGUCUGCAGGGAGUGCCUCAACUGUUAGCAUUGGCAAUGGGGUCAUUCAAGACAUUGCUACACCAUUAGAGAGGGGCAGCUUCAUCGGUUUCUACCAGGCCAUCCGAAACUUCAGUAUUGCCGUUGGGCCGGUUAUAGGGGGACUUCUGGCCAACUUUCUUGGAUUCCGCUCUAUCUUCGUCUUUCUCACCAUCCUCUCCGGCCUGGUCUUGAUCAUGCUUCUCAUCUACUUGCCCGAGACGCUCCGUACGAUCGCUGGCAACGGCUCAUUGAGGCUCUCAGGUGUCUAUCAACCACUCAUUCGCAGAAUUUUGAAGGAGCCUAAGUACAUGGAAGACCCGGGAGAGAAACCAGAAGUUGAAAAGGUCACUUUGAAGACUUUUAUAGCGCCCCUGAAGCUGCUUGCGCAGAAGGACAUUUUGGCCCUCUUGGUAUCGGGUGGAAUGGUGUACACCAUAUGGAGCAUGGUAGUGGCGAGCACGACAGGCAUUUUUAAAGAGCGAUUCGUGUUGAACGAGCUCAUGCUGGGCCUGGCAUUCCUUCCUAACGGCUUCGGUACCAUCGUGGGCUCCUACAUCGCCGGUAAGCUGAUGACACGAGACUUCAUCCGCUACGAACAGCAAUACCUUGAGACCCACCCGGGCGCCCCGGCUCCAUCUAAGUCAAAGAAGUCUUUGGCCCCCGACUUUCCCAUUGAACACGCCAGGCUUGGCUAUAUGCCCUGGAUUACUCUUAUUUUUGUCAUUUCCACGGCGAUAUACGGCUUCACAGUCUUGCCCACCGACUUGCUUCCACCCCAGGCUGCACACCCAGCCUGGAUUGCCUUACCGCUCUUCCUCCAAUUUCUGAUAGCCGCGACGUCCAAUGCCGUGUUCGCUAUUAAUACAACACUUGUGUCUGAUCUCUGCCCAGGCAAGGGAGCGAGUUCUACAGCUAUUAACAAUCUGAUGAGAUGCAGCAUGGCGGCAGUCGGUGUUGGAGUAGUGGAGUCGAUGCUUGCACUUGUGGGCCGCGCUGGGACAUUCGUGGCGCUGGCGUUUCUUGUGCUAUCUAUGUCCGUAUUAAACGCUGUAGAGUGGUAUUGGGGGAUGCAAUGGAGGAACGAAAGGGAGAUGAAGAAGAACAUAGAGAAAGUAUAG